UUGACCGUCCCAUUCCCCAUCUCUCUCCUCGAGCAGAUGAGAUGUAGAAGACGACUUCUUUAUGCCGUUGUCUCCUCCCCUCUGUCUGACUCUUAUCCCAAAUCCCCCUGAAAGCAUGCGAUCCAAACGCCUCGCUUCACAUUCCGCGAACAAAGCUUCUUCUUCCUCCUCUUCUUCUCACUCCUCCGCGGCUGCGGCCGACUCCCGACUGCCAACCACGGAGGACCCUCCCUCCACCAACGGCGGCCCCGGUGGCCGCUCGGCCCCCCAGACUCCUCCUGCCUCGAAACCCCUCCCGGAAUCCCACGCGGCCGCCUCACCUGCCGCCACGUCGAGGCGUAGCGAGCGGAAGCGGAAGCCCCGCGAGUUCGGCGGCAAGAGCUCCCCCGAAAUCCGGCAGAAGAAGGUUUGGUCGGAGCACGAUGAGGUCGAGCUCCUCAAGGGCGCCCUCGCCUUCCGCUCCCGCACCGACGCCCUUCCCAAGCAGCCCACCAUGGCUGCCUUCUUCGCCUCCAUCAAGAGCUCCGUCGGCCCCCACCUCACCACCGAUCAGGUCGGCUACAAGCUCAAGCGAUUUGGUCCUUCGACCGAAGAAAGCAAGGAAGACAUGAGGAUCUAUUUUGGUCCUUCGAUGUUUCUGCUUCUGUUUCUUGUCGUUCCGAACUUGGCUCAGUCCCAGAUACUCUUCCAGGGCUUCAACUGGGAGUCGUGGAGGCAGCAAGGCGGCUGGUAUAACUUCUUGAAAGACAAAGUCUCUGAUAUAGCCAACGCUGGAGUCACCCACGUCUGGCUGCCUACGCCCUCGCACUCCGUCGGCGUUCAAGGUCGUUCCGUGAUUCCUAUUUGCCGUCGUGAUCACUAUCACAUGUGGGGAAUCUCGUUCCUUCCAACUUCCACGUCGUUGCCUCUGGCAAUGACUACUGCGUGUGGGAGAAGAGAUGAAGACGACGAUGAAGAAUCAUGGAAGAGACUUUUCGCUUCUCUUUCGUUAACGUUUCUCAUCUGUGUUGUAAGAAAAAAUAUCGUUUCUCAUCUUUGUAAAUCUAUUUUAGUGUGAAAUCUUUGGUUCUGUUGUUAGCUUUAGAAAAAAGAUGGUUUCAUUGUGAUAUUAAAUGGAAUCAUGUUUCCCUGCAA